GCUAGGACUGAGACAUUCGCUCGCUCUAGUCGUGUGCUUCGUUUAAACUUCGAUUUUGAAAAUAGCUAAAAGUGGACAUGGUUUUAAGUGUAGUGUACUCCACGUUCUUCGUCCUUUUCAUCAAGAUAGCUACAGGUAUUCAAAUAGACGGAGGAUAUCAAGUUGCACUGAUUGAGGCACUUCAUGUACACAACACAUCUUACAGAGGCCUUGACUUAACCGAUGGUUACCAUGGUAAUAAUAAUAGUUACAGAUAUUCGCCAGCUGUAUUGCUAAGAACAGAUCUAAGGGAACUUAGAUUACCCACCGAAACCUGUAAGAAAGCAUUGAGUAUACUCUCGCGAAGCAACGAAUUCACUCUUAUGGCUACUUUGAGGCAAGUACAGAGGAAUGCUGGCACGAUAUUGGCUUUUUCUGAAGGUAAUAGCAGGUUUUUAGAAUUGAAAAGCAGUGGAAUAAAAAAUGAAAUUAGAUUACAAUAUUACCAUAACAACCUGAGCCACUUGGAAACAUUUCCUUAUCACUUAGCUGAUAAUAAUUGGCAUAAGCUUUCAGUAACUGUUAGUGGAAAUAAUGUUGCCAUUUAUGUGGACUGCAGUCUUAUUUAUAACAGAGUUAUUAAAGACAUUGAUAGGAGUUUUACCAAUAGGAAUGUCACUUUAUGGUUGGGACAAAGAAAUACCAGGCACUUUUUCAAGGGUUGUUUACAAGAUGUUAAAAUAAUAGGAAGGCCUCAUGGAUACACAUCGCAAUGUUCUAAUUUUGCAACUGAGUGUCCAAAAUGUGGUCAAUUCAUAGAACUUCAAAUUUCAGUAAAAGGAUUAGAAAGUCAUUUAAAAGAACUUAUUGAAAGGUUAGCUCAAGCCGAACAACGUAUUUCAGCUGUAGAGGAAUGUGAAUGUCAAAAGAACUGUUUUGUUAAUGGAUCUAUACAUAGAGAUGGGGCUACAUGGAAACAUAAUUGUGAUAUAUGUAAUUGUGUGCGAGGAGUUUUAAAAUGCAGUCCUAUUAAAUGUGAUCCUUCUCAAUGUAAGAAUCCUGUAAUUUUAAAAGAUGAUCCAUGUUGUCCAGUUUGUCGUAAAAAUUGCUUACUAGAAGGAAUUGAAUAUGAUGAUGGAGAAACAUUCACUCGUGGGGAUGGUUGCACAGUUUGUACAUGUGAAGAUGGUACCAUCUCAUGUAGAAGAGAGACUGUUUGUCCAGAAUUGACUUGUCCAGAAAGUCAGCAGUAUAAAGCUGCAGAUGAAUGUUGUAGAUAUUGCAAUGGAACGGACUUCUGUUCUCAAGGACAUAAAUGUCAUGUUAAUGCUACAUGUACAAAUCUUAAAACAAAAUAUAUUUGUCAAUGUAAUAGUGGAUAUCAAGGAAAUGGAACUACCUGUGAUGAUGUUGAUGAAUGCAAGACUGAAGGAGGAUAUUAUGGCCAUCAGUGCAGAGUGAAUACAACAUGUGUUAACAUUCCAGGUUCUUAUGUCUGUGAAUAAGUUAUAAAAAGUGCCACUAAGGUUAUA